GGCGCCGAUAAAUGUAGCGCCGCGGCGCGGGCUGGCAGCUCUCCGAGGCCCGGAGCGCAGCAGCCAUGCAGUAUCCGCACCCCGGGCCGGCGGCGGCGGGAGUGCCCCUGUACGCGCCCACCCCGCUGCUGCAGCCCGCGCACCCGACGCCCUUCUACAUCGAAGACAUCCUGGGCCGCGGGCCGGCCACCCCCACGCCCGCCCCCACGCUGCCGUCCCCCAACUCCUCCUUCACCAGCCUCGUGUCCUCCUACCGGACCCCAGUGUACGAGCCCACGCCGAUCCACCCCGCCUUCUCGCACCACCCUGCCACCGCGCUGGCCGCCGCCUACGGCCCCGGCGGCCUCGGAGGCCCUCUGUACCCCUUCCCGCGGACGGUGAACGACUACACGCACGCCUUGCUUCGCCACGACCCCCUGGGCAAACCGGUGCUCUGGAGUCCCUUCUUGCAGAGGCCUCUACAUAAAAGGAAAGGCGGCCAGGUGAGGUUCUCCAACGACCAGACCAUCGAGCUGGAGAAAAAAUUUGAAACACAGAAAUACCUCUCCCCGCCUGAGCGGAAGCGUCUGGCCAAGAUGCUGCAGCUUAGCGAGAGGCAGGUUAAAACCUGGUUUCAGAAUCGACGCGCUAAAUGGAGAAGACUAAAACAGGAGAACCCUCAAACCAAUAAAAAGGAGGAACUGGAAAGUUUGGACAACCCGUGCGAGCAGAGGCAAGACUUGCCCAGUGAGCAGAAUACAGGUGCUUCUUUGGAUAGUUCACAGUGCUCACCCUCCCCGGCCUCCCAGGAAGACCUUGACUCAGAGAUUUCAGAGGAUUCCGACCAGGAAGUGGACAUUGAAGGCGAUAAAAGCUACUUUAAUGCUGGAUGAUGAUCACCAGCACUGGCGCAUUUAAAAAACUGGACUGGGAAAUAACAUUUUGCUCCCGAAAUUGUUCACGGAAGAACUGGAAAACUGUGUGAGGAAAGAAAACCCACUUUUUAGUGUUCUAGAAACCUAAAAAUACUUGGUGCACUGGCUAAUUAUCAGACCUACAUUGGAGCCUUAAUUUUAACUUAACAAGUGGUAUAUGUACUAAUUUUAGGUUGUUUUGAUAGUCACCCCUACCCCCUUUUUAGAAAAAAAGUAAAUUGUUAUUUCUAUUUAUAAAAAGUAAUUUUGAACUUUUGUUAAAUUUUUUAAGUUAUAACUUUAAAGGUUUUAAUGGGCUUUUCUUGAGUGACUUUCUGUAAUCUGUAAUUACAUUUUUCUUAGUGGCAAAGCAAAAAGCACCCCCAAAUCCAGUGCCUUGGAAUAGGGGCCCACAUUUCAGGCAGACUUGGAGUGCUUUAAAAGGAUACAGUCUUUACUGUUAUAUGAUAUUCUUAACUGUUGCCUUAAAUCCACAACCAUUUCAGAGCAGAAUUGAUAAAUGCUUGUUUUGGCCGAUCACUUAGUACCUGUUUGAAGGAGGUGUUAAGAUAAUACGGUCCUACAGGCAGAGAAACUAACUCUAUCGGAGAUUGACAAUCUCGGAUGAAUUAGGAAUUCCAGGUUUAGUGUAAGUAGAUUGUAGAUACUGUGUUUUAUAUUAAACAAUGUCUAUAACCUGUGUAUAUAGAAUUGUUCACUGUAAAAAAAUAAAAUGGCAAGAAUUUUUUAAAAAUGAGUUCAUUGCCUGUAAAAUAAAUCUGACCUUGGGACAGCUGA